AACGCAAAUUCAGAGCCGAAGUAACACACACAUAGACAACAAAAAAAAAUAUAUAUAUGAAGAAACUAUAUUCCAAGAGAAUUAGACUCUCCGAAUUGAUGGAGAAAUGGAGAAAAAGGAAGAAAGGGUACUUCGCUGUAUACACGAAAGAAGGUAAAAGGUUCGUUUUGCCAUUGAAUUAUCUAAACCACCCGAUGUUACAAGUGCUACUGGAGAUGGCUGAGGAUGAGUUUGGGACUACCAUUGACGGUCCUUUAAAGGUUCCUUGCGAUGGAAGUCUAAUGGAUCACAUCAUCAUGUUUGUAAGGAGAAGUAUGUCCGAUGAUAAUGAUGAUGUGGAGAAGUCAGAGAUUUAUUCCACUAUCAGCACCUGCAAGGGAGCUCCAGUCUCUUCUCUCUUACCUCUCUUUCGUGGACAGAGUCAGCUUCAAUCAUUAGUUUCAUAACAGUGUGGAGUUGUCAAUUUUGAUGAAAUGGUGUUGUGUUGUAGACUUGUAAAUAGAUUUUUCCGACAAGGGUUGUGUUCUUGUUUCUGUAUCCUACUAUAUUAAUUGAAAAGUA